AUCCGCGUCCGCACUCUGUGAACACAUCUCUUUUUCCUAUGGUCCCGAACUGAACACGUGAACUCCUCCGGUUUUCUCGUUUUUAUUCUAGCUAUUUACAGGUAAACAGUUUUGAUCCAAAUCGUUCGCAAUGACUGAAACUAUGCAACUCCGUGGAACCCUUCGUGGGCACAAUGGUUGGGUAACGCAAAUCGCCACCAAUCCGAUCCAUACCGACAUGAUCUUGUCCUGUUCACGAGACAAGACUUUGAUCGUUUGGGACUUGACACGUGACGAACUCAACUACGGUAUCCCCAAGAAACGUUUGUACGGUCAUUCACACUUUGUCAGCGAUGUUGUCCUUUCAUCUGAUGGUAACUAUGCGCUUUCCGGUUCUUGGGACAAGACUCUCCGUCUGUGGGAUUUGGCCGCUGGACGUACUACUCGUCGUUUUGAAGACCACACCAAGGAUGUAUUGAGCGUUGCUUUCUCUGCUGACAACCGUCAAAUUGUUUCUGGAAGUCGGGACAAGACCAUCAAGCUGUGGAAUACUUUGGCUGAGUGCAAAUACACUAUUCAGGAUGAUGGUCACAGCGAUUGGGUAUCAUGCGUUCGGUUCUCUCCUAAUAUCCACAAUCCAAUCAUUGUUAGUGCUGGUUGGGAUAAGGUUGUUAAGGUAUGGAACUUAACUAACUGUCGCAUUAAGACCAACCAUUAUGGACAUACUGGAUACCUCAACACCGUUACUGUUUCACCUGAUGGUUCUCUGUGUGCUUCAGGAGGAAAGGAUUGCAAAGCUAUGUUGUGGGAUCUUAACGACGGCAAACACUUGCACACUCUUGACCAUAAUGAUAUCAUUGAAGCUUUGUGCUUCAGCCCUAACCGUUACUGGUUGUGUGCUGCAUUCGGACCAUCUAUCAAAAUUUGGGAUUUGGAAAGUAAAGAAAUGGUUGAAGAACUUCGUCCAGAAGUUGUAUCUCAAUCACAGAACAGCAAUACUGAACCACCCAGAUGUCUAUCACUUGCAUGGUCUACUGAUGGACAAACAUUGUUUGCUGGUUACUCAGAUAAUAACAUUAGAGUUUGGCAAGUGUCUGUCAGUGCUCGUUAAUUUUAUUACAAUAUGUUUUGAUAUAAU